AUGUCGCGUGCUAAACCAUACGACCGCCGCGACCGCAACCUCGACGCGCCUUGGAAGCACGACCUUCACCACUCGAAUACUCUUGCCGCCCGCCUCGACUCACAAAGAGGUUCGUCAGGCAGCGCCUCACCUUCCCUCCUCAGUCGUCUUGGUUCGGGAAGGGGGAAGGAGCUCCUCCCAGACAAUCCCCGGGGGAAGAUGUACGGGUUCGACGGGCCAAGCCCCAACGCUGGCGUCGAGCUCCUUCCCUCCUCGUCCUCGUCCAAGUCGGUCCGCCCACCUCGCGCGCGGCGGGGAGGAGACGACGGGGGUCGCGCGCUCGCGGCUAAGAGCAUUGCGGCGAUCACCCGGCGCGCACACGACCGCGAGGCGCUCAACAUUGUUGGGGCAGCGAGGAGCUGCUGGGUCCGCGUAGAUCGUCUCGCGAAGGGCACGACGGUUGAGGAUGUCAAGUCGGCAUUUGCUCACCACCCCAUCGGCGGGGCGAAGGUUACGUCGCGCCCCUCGGACCGCACCGUCACUGUCGAACUGGAGCUGCCGGACCGCGAAGCUGCAAACGGGCUGGUGAAGGAGUACGACGGGGUGCCGGCGGACGGAGAGACGCUGCGUGUUGGACUGGUUGAGGAGCAGAACCAUCUCGGCGCGCGCCUGCGCCGUCACCUGGAGCCGGAGAAGCCCGCCAAGCCGGAACGUUCUGGCAAAAUGUACGCCGACCAGAUGGCGGACACGCCAGCCAUCGCUGUGCUCCAGACAGAGCGCUCGCGUCCGGGGCGGUCGGAGCGAACUGGCUCGCUCGCUUCGCGGAUGGGUCGGCGGUGA